UACCUUUUCAUAUUAAAUAAGUCACUAAAUAUAAUCAAAAUUAAUUAAUUCUCUUGAAUCUUUUUGUCUUCAAAUCAACUUUCAAAGAGACAUAUGAGAUUCUGAGACGUAUAAGGCGUAUAGGCAAAGAUAAUAUCUUUGGUAUAGGGAGACCCGGAGACGUGGUAAUGAAACAUAACCUCAAAAUCAGAUUCGAAACAUCGAUCAAGAAUUGGUAAGAGGACUUCCAAAAUUAAUUUUCAGUGUUACGAAAGAAGCAGAAAAAAAUCGUCAUAAUAUUUUCAGACUAUUUAUUACAAUUCUGGAAAACUUCAAGGAUUUUUAAAUCCUUUAAGAAAUCUGAAAAUGUUUGUAGAUUUCAGCAAGGAAUUGGAAAAUCAGACUCGUCAUUUUAAUCGAGUAAAUAAUUCCCCGGUUUUCCCCGGUUCGUAAAAGUUGUCACGAAAACGUCUUUUCGAGCAACGAAAACGGAAAGUAAAAGACGAAAUUUAUACGAUGGUAGCAAAAUGAUCACUGAAAAAUUAAAGGUUAUAAUAACAAGACAUUAUUUAAUAAAUGAUAGAAAAAUAUAGAGAUCCCGAAUGAAGUGAAAAAUCAAGAAGAAAUAUUAAAUCUUCAGUAGUGAAAAAGAUUAAAAAAGGCCUAAAAUAGAAGCCAAGAAAAAAUGUCUCUUUUGAAAACGACACAACUUAUCUUUAAAAAAAUAAGACCUUCCUGGUCUCGAAUUCUAGUCCUGCCUUUGAAAGACCGAAUUAGGGAUUACUCCAGCAGAGGACGAGGGAAAACUUCCCCCAGAUCUUCGGCCUUUUUAGCCUCUGCUCUCGGUUCUGGCUCGGCUAUUGGCUACGCAUUUUUAAAAUGUCGGGAGAAUUUUCCAUCUCUCGAGGAUGUCGUCAAUUCCUUGAUCCCGAGUGUCAGUGCAAGUACAAUAAACCUUAUGGACGUGAGUCAAAAUCGUACAAAAUAUAACUUCAUCGCCGAUGUGGUCGAGAUUUGUGCACCAGCUGUCGUUUAUAUAGAAAUUAGAGAUCCCAAGCGGGUGGAUUUAUUUACGGGGAAGCCGACGACCUACAACAACGGAUCCGGAUUCAUAGUUCAUGAGGAUGGUUUAAUUCUGACGAAUGCUCACGUUGUGAUGAAGAGACCUAACUCCACGGUGAGGGUCCGCCUCCUCGAUGGAACGACCUACAACGGAGUUGUGGAGGAUGUCGAUCUUCAGGGUGACCUUGCAACUAUCAGGAUUGAUAAGAAAAAGCUGCCGGUCAUGAAAUUGGGAAGUUCGGCCAAUUUGAGACCUGGGGAAUUUGUUGUUGCUAUUGGGUCGCCUCUUUCUUUGAGCAACACGAUCACGAGUGGAGUUGUGAGCAGUGCUAAUAGACCUAGUGAGGAAUUGGGGAUCCAUCAUACCCAAAUGGGUUAUAUUCAAACGGACGCUGCAAUCACGUUUGGGAAUUCAGGUGGACCUUUGGUGAAUCUUGACGGCGAGGUAAUUGGAAUAAACGCCAUGAAAGUCACCCCGGGGAUUUCGUUUGCCAUUCCGGUUGACUACGCGAAGAAUUUUUUGAAAAAGUCUGAUGAUAGGAGAAAGGGGAAACCGACGCCCAUUGGGGUGUAUGACGAACCCGGGAAAAAGCGCUACCUGGGAAUCACGAUGCUAACUCUCACUGCCGAGAUCCUCUCCGAUUUACAGCAUUACACCGGGAAUAUUUCUCCGAAUGUCAGACACGGGGUGUUAAUUUGGCGAGUCAUUUUUGGAUCUCCGGCUCACAUUGGAGGCCUCAAAACUGGCGACAUCAUCACUCAUGCGAAUGGCGAAGCUGUCACUUCGGCCAAGAGUAUUUAUAAGGUUUUGGAAAAACCCGGACCUGUGAAUCUGACCGUGGUGAGAAAUGGUGCCGUCGUCAAUUUAAAAAUCGACCCUGAAGACUCUAGCUGAGUCUAGAAAUUGACUGAGAGUGCUGUUGGUGUGUGAGCUUUUAAUAAAGUGUGCAUUUUUCAUUA